AUGAUCGGAACAUCGACAUUCGACUAUAUUUGGGUCAGGUCAUGGAUUGUCAUAUUGCAUUCCAUUGCACCAAUCUGUGUUGCUUAUUGCAUCUCGACGCUGUGUCUACCGCCUUCUUGGCGACUUCCGAUCUUCUUUGAAUAUUGGACUUUAGCAGAGACCAUCUUCUGUCUAGUUUUCUACCUUUAUAAACGACGUCAACUUCAGCGUCCAGCUUUACAUCCUCCUGCUCCACCGAAAGAGGAGCGACAGAGACUGUUCCGACUAUGUCAGGAGAGUACCCAGGAUGUCCCCCGAUAUCUGUCUGGCUGGUUUUUCUACACAUCUCUGACUGCCGUCAAGCGCGAGAACGUCAAAGAGUUCUUUCGAUGGGCCUUUACCAACACGGAUCUGAACGAUCAUGCCUACGAGGAUGAAGUGGAAGAAUAUGUGAAGAGCAUCGAACUUAGCACAGGUGUGAAAUUCGAGCACGGACGUGCCGAUGUCAAGUGCCUCCGGUUGACCUUCGAUAAAGUCAAUGCACUCCAUCGAAGCCUGGUGUGGUACUCAGUGAGGCUCUCAUUCUGUUCUUGA